CAUGACACUAUCUCUUCGCAGGUUAAAUAUCUGGUCAAACUCAAAACUGAACCAGAUUUCGAUCGAGUUGGAGGUAAUUUUCUACGCAACAAGUUAAAAAAAAAAGAUGGUUUACACGGCCAAAAAGUGGAUCUACGCGCGUGCCUUCGACGGCGAACCCAAGCUGGACGAUUUCCGCCUCGAAGAGGAAGUCAUGCCCGAGCUUCAGGAUGGAGAAUUCCUCGCCGAAGCCGAGAUUCUCAGCGUCGAUCCGUACAUGCGGAUCUACAUUCUGUCCUACCCGGUGGGUUCCGUCAUGAUCGGAGGGCAGGUGGCGCGCGUUCUGGAGAGUCGAAACGCGGGCUUUCCCGUGGGGGCGCACGUGUUUGGCCAGUUUGGUUGGCGCACGGUGUCGAUUUGUGAUCCGAGGGGGAUCACCGUGAGGAAGCCGUACGUGUUGCCGGAUUUUGGGGCGGGUGUUCCGCGAUCGGUGGGAAUUGGGGCUUGCGGAACGGUGGGGAAUUCGGCGUAUUUUGGAUUUUUGGAGAUUUGCAGGCCGAAGGAGGGGGAGACGGUUGUGGUGAGUGGGGCGGCCGGGGCCGUUGGGAGUCUUGUUGGGCAGAUCGGGAAGAUUAAGGGAUGUAGGGUGGUUGGGAUCGCCGGGACGGAUGAGAAGUGUGCGUGGUUGAGGGAGCUGGGGUUUGACGAGGCGAUCAACUAUAAAACGGCGGAUAUUGAGGCUGAGCUGGGGGUGGCGGCGCCGGAAGGGGUGGACUGCUACUUUGACAACGUUGGAGGGAAGAUAUCGGAAAUUGUGAGGAAGCAGAUGCGGUCACGUGGCAGGAUUGCUGUUUGCGGGACGAUUUCGAUGUACAAUGGGAGUCCGACGCAGGUCGCGGAUCCGCAGCGGGAUUUCGUGUGGAAGGAACUGGUCCAGGAGGGGUUCAGCGUGCACCGUUGGACGGAUCGAUGGCUCGAAGGGAUCGGGCAGAACUUGAAGUGGAUCCAGGAGGGCAAGUUGAAGUACAGGGAAACUGUGACGGAGGGUUUUGAGAACAUGCCGAAGGCGUUUAUCGAGAUGAUGAAGGGUGGAAAUAUUGGGAAGGCCAUUGUGAAGGUUUGAUUCAUGAUUUUUUUCAUUUUUAAACGAAAUAAACAAACUUUAAAAAAUGA